AUGUUGAGUCGAUCGGCAAUUGCAACUCCCCUCGAUUGUAGUGUCGAUCGGGAACUACUACUCUUCCACCACGCUAUGAUGAAUGAGAUCUCUUUGUCAAUAAGAGCUACCAGUUUGACUACUCCUAUUCGACCACCCCGAUGUGAGUGUGGAAGGGUAAAGUUCCUUAGAUCCUAUAGGCCUGAUCACCAACCUCCAUUACAUAUACCGAUUACUAGUGAAUUGGUUGGUGGCAGUGAGGACAAGAUAAGUACAACUACGCCUAGCUUAGGGCAUGAUGGAAUGUCACAAGAAGUUGCUGGUGCUCCUUAUGAUAUACUAGAAGAAGUCAUUGGAAUCAGAGAUGGAAAUGGAAAUGGUAUCAUUUUGAUUGGUGAGAUAGGAGGUACUGCAGAAGAAGAUGCUACCUCCCUCAUAAAGGUUAGAAGACAUCUAAUAUCAGAUGAAUAUCAAGGUCAUGAGACAAGUUCAUUUAAAUCCAACUUUGCAUCUUGGUCAGCAGCUUCUGUUCCUGAGGAAACUAGAGGAAAAGUAGCAGCUAUUGCAUCAGGUGGAAAGGGUAGAUCACAAGACAAAAUCAGAACCCUGAGGGAUGCGGGUGUGAUAGUGGUGGAAUCACCGGCAAAGAUUGCAGUUGCUAUGCUUGAGAUGGAGACCGAGGGGCAUGAAGUUGUGGAGACUCUGUUUCUUGAUAUUCUUGCUACUGGAGGAAAGGGACAAAUGCAUCACAACAAUGUAAUGGGUUGGUUGGUUUUCUUUUCUGAUUUGAACAGCCAGGCACUCUCCUGCAUUGUAAUUUGA